AUGUCCCUCCUCGGCUUGGCAUCCUCACGCAAUGACGACGCCGACAUAGCUGCAAAGUACGACCAUCAGAUCGAACUCGUGGAUCACACCAAGUCAGAUAGUGGCGACAAGACGCCAAGCGAACCUUCGUCCGGCACCCAAACCCCCGUUUCGCGCAAGCCCUCCCGCCGACUGAACCGCGCCUCGAUUCGAGAAGACCUCGCCAAACGGGGGCUCGCCCGCCAGAAAUACGCAAAGUGGCAGCAGGACAGAUUUGAAUCGGUAGACGAAGGCAAUGGAUCUGGGAAUACGUCAUUGGUGCAAAUCGACUCCAAGGGGUCUGCUUUACGGUCUGAGGAGAUCGACCAGGCCGCCGACACCAGUAGCAAAGACGACGACCCCAUUUCGCGGAAGAAGAGCAAGCUCGAACGUGGCAAGAAGCGCGUUAAAGGGCUCGUCAACUCCAAAAAGGUCAUAAAACAAUCCAAGGAGGAGGAUGCUGUCGUGGACGUGAUGUUCGAGAACCAGCGCGGCUCCUUUUUCUUUGGUAUACCCUUGUUCUCGGCCAAAUCGCUGCUCAACUUCGAUCCCGCCCCUUGGGUGGAUGGCAAGUUCAAGCCGCUGCCCGUCAACAUCACAAACGCUGCUGUGCCUGAUCCAAGCUGGGAAUGGGCGUGGAAGUCGUGGUAUGUGGACAUGUCCAAUGAUGUCGACGAGGAAGGUUGGCAGUACUCAUUCUCCUUCCGCCAUGGCUUCGCGUGGCAUGGCACACACCCAUGGUUCCACUCGUUCGUGAGGAGACGCCGCUGGCUUAGAAAGCGCGUCCGGAAGCAUUCCACGCUCAAAUGCCAGCUGGAUCCCAAGCACCUUAGCGAUGCCCAUAUGCUCACCUCUGAAUACUUCACCAUACACCCUCCGAAGAAAAGUCAAGACGUGCUUGAUCAAGAGGAUGAUAUCAGCGACGUUUCAAGGCUGAUCAGACGACUGAAAAAGGCAACAAUUGACCGUGAAAAAAUCGUUCUUGUGCGCCGUUUUCUUGAAGAAGGCGGCGAAGAGCUGUACUAUCUUUCUGAGCAGAUGCCAACCAUAAUGUCUCUUCUCGUAUUUCAAUCUUCGAGGCGAUACCUACUUUCGGUACUGUUCCGACAUUUUGAAGCCGCAUCGGCGCACCGCGAUGCCCACAUAGAGCGAGGCCAGCGCGAGUCUUCUCCAGAAGGACGCAAAAUCGAUAAUCUCAUGAAGGCGUUGAAUGCUGCCGAUGACGAGUGUCGCAAGCUCGAGUACUGGAGCGAUAUCCGCCGUAUCGCCCAACGCGGUGAAUCUUUGGCUGCUGUCGAUGCAAGCCAUGGCUGGGGCCAUGGCUGGGAUGGCUUAGAUGACACUGGCCCUGCUGAGGCGGAUGAGUCUGGCACGGAGAAAUUCAAGGAAAAAGGAACGCCAUCCCAAGAGGUUUCUGAUAACGAAUCAGAAAAGCAGCAAGCGAAAGAAGUGCAAGUUGAUGACCAGGAAAACUCUGGUUCGGACGUGAAGGAACGAAAAGACGAUGAACAUAGUAGUGGUACCAAGGACAAAGGCAAGGGUAAGGCGGAGCCCUAG